CAUCAAUCUAUCAGUAUCACACUUCCACUUCACGAAACACUCCUACCAAGUAAUAUACCAACCUUUUGUUGAAGUGAUAAAGGAUGGUCUUCUGUAAAGCUUCCCUCAUCAUUAUCUUAUCACACAUCAUCGAGAUUUCCAUCGCUACCUCAAAACUCAAUCUUAACCCGAAACCUGCCUCUCGAAUCCUCAAGCUUUCAAGUCAUUCGACUCCCUAUAUAACGAACACUCCUGUAGUCAUCUGGCAUGGUCUAGGAGAUAGUUAUAAGAACCCAGAAUUCGACAGACUAUCUGAAUCUAUCACUGAACGCUACCCAGGAACGUCUGUAUACUUGAUACAUCUUGCAGAAAGGCCAGAUGAAGACCAAAAAGCUACAUGGUUCGGAUCUGCAAAUGCGGAAGUAGAAUAUGUUUGCCAAGAGUUAAACACAAUAGAUGAGCUCGUAGGAGGUUUUGAUGGCAUAGGGUUUUCUCAAGGCGGUCAACUCCUACGUGCCUACGUCGAACGAUGCAAUCAACCACACGUCCGAAACUUGAUCACUCUGGGCGCUCAGCACAUGGGUGUGUCCGAAUACCCUCCGUGUCGUGGAUUCUUCGAUGUUGGUUGUCAGAUCGUGAAACGGCUCAUCAGCACUGGCUCGGUCUACUCCUCUUAUGCUCAAGAACACAUUCUCCCAGCUCAAUAUUUCCGUGAUCAAAGGGAUCUGGGGCCUUACUUUGAGCACAAUGAUUUCCUUCGGGAUAUCAAUAACGAACUUGCAGGUGAUCAUCAACCGGGAGAAAAUCUCACUUCCAGACCUGCUCUUACUCAGGAUCCUCCUGAAUUGCAACGGAACCAAACUUAUAAGAAGAAUAUGCUCAUGUUGGAGAACUUUGUGAUGAUCAGAUUUAGUGAGGAGCAAAUUGUUAAGCCAGCUGCAUCAGCCCAUUUUGGUGUUUCGACGCGUACCGAGGAAUCAAUUCCCUUGGAACGUCUACCGAUCUAUAAAGAAGACUACAUUGGUUUGAAGGAACUUGACGAAUCGGGUCGAAUCGCAUAUGGUAUAUGUGAUGGUAGUCAUAUGCAAAUCGGUGAACAGUGUUGGAAUUCAGUACUCGAUUGGAUCGGUACUGCUCAUCAAGGAUUAGUUAUACAAACUCAAACUUGAUUUCGUCUCUAACACUCUUUUUCUCUUGGUUUUUUAUCAUCAUCCCUUCUUGCUGAAAUACUUUGCAUUCUGUUUGCCUGAUUUGGGGAUUGAACUAUUGGCUGUUGUCUGACCAUUGUAUUGCAGUGAUUGUAUACAAUAGCAAUGUAUGAUCAGGAAUAC